AAAAAAAGGGGGUGGAAGAAGAAAGACAGAAGUAGGCGUUAAGACUGACGUGCCUGCCAGAUAACAAUAGUGAAGACGUGUUCCUCACUCACUCACCACCAAAAGUUCUCUCAACAUCCACCAAGAUGGGCAUCCGAAAAAAGAACAACAAGAACCCACCGAUGCUCAGCCACGAGUUUGUGAUCCAGAACCACGCGGAUAUUGUGUCUUGUGUUGCUAUGGUGUUUCUGCUGGGUCUUAUGUUUGAGAUUACAUCAAAGGUAGCGGUUUUGUUCAUAACUGUGCAAUACAAUGUAACAAUUCCAGCAAAUGGAGGUCCAGAGGAAACAGCAGUGAAUUACUUCCAUUACGGUCUGAAAGAUGUGGCCACUGUCUUCUUCUACAUGUUGGUUGCCAUUAUCAUGCACGCCAUUAUUCAGGAAUACGUGCUAGAUAAAAUCAACAGGAAGAUGCACUUCUCCAAAACCAAGCACAGCAAGUUCAAUGAGUCGGGUCAGCUGAGUGCCUUCUACCUCUUCUCCUGCCUGUGGGGAGCCAACAUUCUUGUUUCUGAGAACCUCCUGUCCAAUCCCGUCAGCCUUUGGGAUGGUUACCCGCAUACUCUUAUGCCGUUCCAGAUGAAGUUCUACUACAUCUGUCAGCUUGGUUACUGGCUUCAUGCUAUCCCUGAGCUCUACUUCCAGAAGACCAAGAAAGAGGACAUUCCUCGUCAGCUUGUUUAUAUCAGCCUUUACCUGAUUCACAUCACAGGGGCCUACGUUCUGAAUCUGAACCGGUUGGGCCUGGUGUUGCUGGUUCUGCAUUACUUUGUUGAGCUCCUCUUCCAUCUAUCCCAACUCACUUACUUCAGCAAUGAAGACAGACAGACCGGGUUUACAGUUUGGGCUGUUCUGUUUGUGCUGGGCCGGUUGUUGACUCUUUCCCUGUCUGUUCUCACUGUGGGCUUUGGACUGGCCGGAGCAGAGAAGCAGGGUCUGAACCUCGCAGAUGGAAGCUUUAAUGUCCUGGUUGUUCGGGUGACUGUCCUGGCUGCAAUAUGCACCACUCAGGCUUUUAUGAUGUGGAAAUUUAUCAACUUCCAGCUGCGACGAUGGAGAGAACACGCACAGACUCAGACCUUAAAGAAGAAAUCAUCCUCUUCUAAGAGCAAAUCAAAGAAAGAUUAGGAGCAGUGAGUAGUGAACACACACACAGCCAUAGCAGUGGUGCCCGAAGAGCAAUUGGGGUUUAAGUGCCUUCCUCAAGGGCACCUCAGAUGUGGGUAUUGAGUGUGGCAGAGAGCGCUGUUCAGUCACUUCCCCCACCGACAUUUCCUGCCAGUUUUGAGACUUGAACCUGCAACCUUCAGGUUACAAGUCUCUAUGACUCUCUAACCAUCAGGCCACAACUGCCCUUAUUUAAAAGAACUGUUGUCAUUGCUGGAGUAAUGACUGUUGA